CCGUCCAAUCUUCUCCUGCUCGCGGUUCCUGCAGUUCUCCUUGCUGUUGUCACGGUCUUCCUUUCCCCAACUUAUUCGACGGAGAGUUCCUUCUGCUCCACUGUUAUCCGUUCCCGUUAGGUUGCAUAGCUAGCUUCCGAAACCCACACGGUCCGCAUCCCCACUAAUAUCAACCAAUCCUCAGAACUUCCCCUCAGCUCUGACCUCGUUGCUAUCUGUCACAGGCACCUCUCAACUCGCCAUGGCUCCCCAACAGACCGUCAAAUUCAAGGUUGCGGCCGCCCAUGCCGCACCCGUCUUCAUGGACAAGGCCGCCACAAUCAAGAAAGUCGUCAGUCUGGUCGAACAAGCCGCAAAGGAAGACAUCAAGCUCGUUGUGUUCCCCGAGACGUUUGUGCCUGGCUAUCCUUACUGGAUCGAGUGCUAUCCACCCCUCCAGCAAGUCUCCGCCCUCGCCAAAUACGCCCAAGAAUCCGUCGUCGUCGAAGCCAACAACGAGGACGUCGGCCCGCUGCAGGAAGUCUGCCGCCGCACCGGCGUCGCCGUCAACCUCGGCAUCUCGGAGCGCAUGGCCUCAGGCCACACGCUCUUCAACUCGCAAGUCAUCAUCGACAGCGACGGCUCGAUCCUCGGUGUCCACCGCAAGCUGCAGCCCACGUACGUCGAGCGGCUCGUCUGGGCGCAGGGCAACGGGAGCACCCUGCGCAACUGGCCCUUGAGCCUGGGCUGGAACCUGGGCGGUCUGGCAUGCUGGGAACACACGAUGAACGGCGCUCGCCAGGCGCUGCUGAUGCAGAACCAGCAUAUCCACGCCGGCGCGUGGCCGGCUCUGAGCACCAUGGCGGGCUUCGAGGCCGUCGCCGACGCCCAGAUCGAGGCUCUCAUGAAGAACCACGCCCUCACGGCGCAGGUCUUCGUCAUCACCGCUUCCAACUACGUCGAUAGGCAGUGCCUGCAGUGGAUGGAGGAGAACCUGGGGCCGCAGGAGUUCGUCAAGGAGGGCGGUGGCUGGUCUGCUAUCCUGCAUCCCUUCUGCGCGUUCAUCGCUGGGCCUCAUACGGGCGCCGAGGAGAAGCUCGUCGCGGGCGAGAUUGACUUCUCGUCCAUGGGUGCGGUCAAGGUCUGGAUCGAUGCCGCGGGUCACUAUCAGCGUCCCGAGAUUCUGCAGUUCAGCUUUGAUGAUAGACCGCACUGGGCGGAUGAGAAGGCGAGGUCCUUCAGGCCGAAGAUUGAGCCAAAGAGAGUCUCUGAGGAGGAGAGCGGUCCGCAGCAGUAAGAAGAGUAGAGUUGCGAUACAUGAUCUGCAUACUGUGAUGGGGUCUCCUUGAUUAGCAGGGUCGUAUGGAUGUCAUCGUAUAUUCCCAACCUUCCCCCAGGUCUCAAUUAGCAUUGCCUUCGAAUAUAAGUUCUAAAACGAUCAGAAAGGCUUCCCAAAUCCUCAGUUCUGAGAAAAACGCCAUUAAAGUCAAGCAUGCAUUUCUGCGUACCUCAGCACCAUAAGCACACUCGUCACUGCUGCCCACUCCUGAUAUUCAGCUCAUCUUUCCGAGCACUAACCCAUUCGUGAACCUGAAUCGACAACCAACCCACCACCUGUGAAUGUCGAUUGUGUGAAAAAG